GCGACUGACGAACAGCAGCAGUGAGUAGCACGGUCCACAAGUUCGCUGAAGUCUGCGUCGAUCAACAUGCGCUCAGCUCCGACUCCUGCAGAAACGGAUCGAAAUUGAGGAUUCGCGCGAGUCGUGACUCCCAGCUCGUUGGAGGUUCGACGGGAGGCGGUUUGACGAUCGAGCGCUUCUAUGUCUUCUUCUGCAACUCGGGAAUGAUGCUUCGGGCGAUCUCGGUUCUGGUCCAGCCUCGGUUCAUCCUCGUCUUCCUCGCCCUCUCCGUCCUCUUCGUUUUCGCUUUCUCGUUCUCGAGACAGAGAGGGGACCACCAAGACCACCAAGAAGAAGAAGUGCCUGAAAUUACCCACAGAGUAUACUUGGAUGUUGACAUUGAAGAACAGCAUUUCGGUAGAAUUGUGAUUGGAUUAUAUGGCGAGGUGGUGCCAAGAACUGUAGAAAAUUUCCGGGCUUUGUGCACAGGGGAAAAGGGCAAGAGUGCCGGUGGGAAAAAACUCCACUACAAAGGAACACCUUUUCACCGUAUAAUAUCUGGCUUCAUGAUUCAAGGUGGAGAUAUUAUCUAUGGUGAUGGAAGAGGAUAUGAAUCUAUAUAUGGUGGCACCUUUGCUGAUGAGAAUUUUAGGAUAAAGCAUUCCCACGCAGGUGUCAUUUCCAUGGUGAAUUCGGGCCCUGACUCUAAUGGAUCUCAAUUCUUUAUUACCACAAUCAAAGCCAGCUGGUUGGAUCGAGAGCAUGUUGUUUUCGGCAGGGUAAUUCAAGGCAUGGACAUUGUCUAUGCAAUUGAAGGUGGAGCUGGAACAUACAAUGGAAAGCCCAGAAAGAAAGUCAUAGUCGCCGACUCUGGAGAGAUUCCGAGAAGUAAGUGGGACGAGGAAAGGUGACCACCUUUUAUUUUUGGGUACACGCAGUUAGGCUAACUGGCAUGAGAGCCCCAAUCUCAUUACCUGGACUUAGAAGCGAGGUUCUCUCCUUUGAUCUACAUAUGUCGCCCCUUGUCUUUUGUCCUGAAAGCUGGCUACCCCAGCUAACUCCAACGGUCACAAUUAACAGUGUCACAGUUCUUGGAAAUGCCAUAGGGUUGUUAUUUUGUACCCGGAGUUCUACGGUGUAUUCUUUGUAGAUGAAUAGGUUCACACAACUAUUUUUCUGGCCUUUUGCUUUGGUCUGCUCUUCCAUUCACGAGCUAAUCUACAGGAGUGUGGUCUCAUCACCAAGUCCACGAGGUACGAGUCCUGAUAAGAAUUUCACCUCCCGGUCGAUGUGAUUGAUACAAAGUUUGAACAGAUAAAGUGUGCGCCUGAGGGGAAUUUCUUGCCUGAUUUUGGUAUUUG